AUGAACCCCCCUAUGCCCCAUCCCCAUCACGCUCUGGCUCACCCGGGCGAGAGACCUCAUGUCUUGUUCAACACCCCGCAUAGUCCUGUGAACCAUGAUCAGCUAGCGAACCAGAUGAACCAACUCCGCAUUCAACAAGAGAGGUUCAGCCCAAGAAAUGAAAGAAGGUCGUCAAGGGACUCCAUUGUUAGCACUGAUGUUGACGAAGAUGCGGCGACAUGGUAUGUUGGCUACACAUUUUUCAAGGCCCAGCCGGCUCCGGGCUACCCAUACUCCUGGAGGAAAGUCGAUAAAGCCAAGAUAAACCUGGGGCAGGGUGACCUUGCCGACCUCAUACGAAAGAGGGCUAGGAAAAUGUCGACCGCAGAUCAAUAUCAGAAAUUAACGACUGUCAAGAGGCCCCAUGUGGAUCGCGUAAUCGAGGAUCUACAACAAAACAACCCUCAAUUCCAAUGGAGCUGUGCCUAUGUAAAAGAGGAGACGAGGGACGUCAAGGGCAAAAGUUUCCGUCGUGAAUACGAAACGACUUCAAUGAGCAUCAUACUCGUGGGGAAACGGACAAACCGAUCAUUUUCUGGCGAACCCCCAGGUUUCAGAGACCAGAGACCUGCCCAGGCUCAACGUCCCUCAUCCGAGAACCAGCAUAGACCUAUCGUUGGAAGUGGUUCAUACGCUGAUAUACGAAGUGUGCCGAACAUUUCCCCAACGCCUAUGCCAUCCCAAAUGCCUGGAAUGCAACCUGGGCUUACACAAUCUCACCAACAAGGCCCUUCUGCCUUCCGUCUGCCGCCGCAGAACCCAAUGGCCGCACAGAAUCCAAUGGCCGCGCAGAAUCCAAUGGCCGCACAGAACCCUACGACCGCACGAACCCCAAUGCCAGGCCCACAGCAUUCGGACCACGGAAAUUGGGCACAGAAUGUUCCAAGAGACUCCCUACCACAUCCUCCGAUGCCACAUCCCCCGCAUCCGGGGCCGGCGGUGCACAACCCGAUAAGCCAGCCGUUUAUGGCCAAUACUAGACCCGAUGACCAGGACCAUGAUGCACGAAGAGUUAAGGUCGAUUCAGGCGUCCAGAAUAAUAGGAACGAGAUGCCACGUCAGAACACAACCCACCGUCAUCAGCCGGAUUUUCACGCGGAUCAUCGGAUGAACGCUAAUAAAAAGCGUGGCAAGUCUCCAAAACCGCAGUUUGGAUCAGAGCCGGACCUCGUGUACGACAGCACCAGUAGCGGAGACGAGAACCCGACGCCUGAAUACUACGACGACGACUCGGAGGAAGAGUUCUCUAGCCGAGAAGCCAAGUCAAAUAAGAUUCGCCUACCAUCGCGAGGAAGCUUUCAUCAUGGCGCCCGUUCCCCAUCGCAGCCCCAUCAUCGUUACCGUACACAUUAUCGGAAGCAACCCCGACAGGUUGCAGAUCGUGGGUACAGGAGAUAUCGAGACGAUGCCGAUGUCGACUUGAUCCCAGCGGAAGGAAUGCAUAGUGCAAGAAGCGUGGUCAGGUCUCAUGGCGGAGGCCGGCAAUGGGGUGUACAGCCCAGGAUAAUCCACCAAGAGCCGAGCUCUGAUGACCUCGAAGUACUUAUGAUGAACCAGUACCGAGGACAACCCCAGAAUGAGAGCCGAACCCGGAUUUUGGAUAAUUGGCAAGCAGAGCUAGCACAGCGUGAGAACUUCAUCGAGUACCAGGAGCAGAGACUCAAGAAUACGUUUCGCAACGAUCGGAUGGAUGAUAUGGGUUAUAUGCACCGUUCAAGGUCUCUGCGAGAUCCCAUACCCGCCCCAUAUGCCCGUGGUUAUCCACUGAGGACCCUGAAUUACUAUUAG